AUGUACAUCUCAACGCUCAUCACGACCAUACUCUUCGCUACCGCCGCUCUCGCAACACCAUAUCCGUGGGCUGCACCACAGGCCAGCAUCGCUCCUGCACACAGCGGAACGCGCAAGCACAACCGCACGCACAACCACAGGCACAAAGAACCGACACCGACGUUCAAAGAGCCAUGCAAAUGCGCUAUGCCGGUUGUGCCGAUGAACUUGCUCACCACGAAUGAGAAGUGCUUGAUGAAGCAUGCUGCUGAGAUGGGCUGCUACAUGAGCUCCAAUGGUGGAUGCCCGUCGCCGGCGCCUGCUUGUGGACUUGGACCGCUGCCGGGUAUUCCGAUGCAUUGA